GAUCUCACCGGUGUGGUGUGAUUGAGCCGCCAUGUGAGCUGAUGUAAUACAAUAAAAGAGCUUUUAGGGAAGUUUUGAGAAGGCAGUUCUUGGAGUUGAGGAUGUCAGGUGACAUGGCUGAAAACGUCUCCGGUCUUAAUGUUGUGGGUCCUGCAGAAAAGGAAAAUGCGCAAAGGACUGAAGUUUUGAGGCCAAAGAUUCAAUGGUGCUCAAAUGAAUGUCUCAAUGUAGCUGUUGUCCGCCCAACUACGAGAAGUGGGAGCUGUGACACAAGUCCGACUCCCCCACAAUCUUCUGUUUUAGCAUCUUCAAGAUCACCUGCUAGAACAAAUCCAGAUGACCUUUCACCUCACCUCAGAUCAAGCUACACGUUCAGGAGGAAUUUUACUCGGAUGUGUCCCUUCUCCUUUGAUUGCCGUGACUCCAUGCAAAGAGUUGCUCAAGAACAAAAGCUGGAGAGGCUGAGGCAGGAACUGCAUCCUGCAUUCACCUUUAGAGCCAAUCCAGUGAGGAAAUACAAACCACUGGCACUGAAGCAAAGCUCGCGUCAACUCACAAUCCCCCGAUCGCCGUUCUCCAGUGGCCACCCAGAAAAUAGAUGACAUGCCUUUUAAAUGUGUAUAUCUUUAUUGAAAUCGAUUUUUAAAUUUUAUAUAAUAAAACUAUCCAAAAGAAAGUGUACCAAAUUAUCACAUUCUGCUUGUUAUGAUGCGUGUAAUGGUUACAAGACUGGCUGUUUAAAUCUGUUCAUUGCCUUCAAAAUUUUAUUCACAUUGUAAAUACAUCUAGUAGUCACAGGAGAAAAUUUAAGGUGUUCAGUCAAGACAAACAUGACUUCAGACAAGUGACAGUGUGAAAUAUUGAAUAUUUGUUAGCUAAAACAAGCCCAGGUUAGAUGUUUUUAUUUCAUGUUAUGAAAUGAUGCUCAAGAAAAUCUUCAUUCUUUUUCACACAAGGUAGUCAUAGCAAAAGUGAAGACAAAAUAAAUAAUUCAAAUAAAAGUUAAUAUUCUCUCA